CCAUGCAGUGCCGGGAGCUGGCACGCUGUAGCGGCCGCGAUGUCCCAUUUCUCGCCGCUUCUACCGACCGCCUCCUCUUACAGGUUCUGAAGUUCUGUAAAAACUUUGAAGCCUGUUUCUACGAGCACUGGCAACUGAAGUUCCUCUGUGAAACAGAACCUUUGCAGAGAAGGAACUGCAGCAGUUUUGGAGUACAGAAGACCCAACUUCAUCUUCGCAAAGGUGACGCAUCUCAGUGGAUGGGCCGUUGUGACAGUGAGGGUGCUGCAGAUUUACACUGUGACCCUUUACACUGUGCUUCUCUCAGCUGCUAUCAAAGGCUAUGGUGUGUGCAGAUCUGAGAGCACAAGAAUCAGUGGGAAUCUUGGCUGGACAAAGAGAUUCUGACAAAAGGCUUCAGUUUUUCUUCCUGAAGAGAACUGUCCUUCCAAAAACCUGGUGUACUUGUUUGGAGAAGCCAUGGACUCUUCCUGAAGAUAGAGUGUUUGCUGGCGUGUUUGACAGAAAAGCCCCAGUUACCCUAAGACGACAUUCAGCCUAGAACGACCAGCCCACGCUGCCGAUUCUGUUCUUCUCCCGGCUGCCGAGGUUAGCUCAUCUCCGGCACAGCACACCACUGCAGUGCUCUGGAGCCAAGCAAGCUUGGGGCUGCUGGCGAGGAGCUGCUCGGCCUGGGGAGCUGCCAGGAACACGAUGCCCUGCCCUGCUCUCUGCCUUGGGAAGCUGUGAGUUGCUCAUGUCCAUAAGGAGGAAGGAUGGCUCAUGGAAUUCCUUCACAAGGCAAAGUUACCGUAACGGUGGAUGAGUACAGCUCCAACCCGACGCAGGCCUUCACGCACUACAACAUUAACCAGAGCAGGUUCCAGCCUCCUCAUGUGCAUAUGGUCGACCCUAUCCCAUAUGAUACUCCAAAACCAGCGGGCCACACGCGAUUUGUCUGCAUCUCAGACACACACUCCAGAACAGAUGGCAUCCAGAUGCCUUAUGGGGACAUCCUUCUCCACACGGGCGAUUUCACCGAGCUGGGACUGCCCUCAGAGGUUAAGAAGUUUAAUGACUGGUUAGGAAACCUGCCGUAUGAAUAUAAAAUAGUGAUUGCUGGGAAUCAUGAACUGACAUUUGAUAAGGAAUUCAUGGCAGACCUUGUUAAACAAGAUUACUACCGCUUUCCUUCUGUGUCCAAAUUGAAACCAGAGGACUUUGACAAUGUUCAGUCGCUCCUGACGAAUAGCAUUUACUUACAAGAUUCAGAAGUAACAGUUAAAGGAUUCCAGAUAUACGGUGCCCCGUGGACACCCUGGUUUAAUGGAUGGGGCUUUAACCUACCCAGAGGUCAGUCUUUGCUAGACAAGUGGAACCUUAUCCCUGAGGGCAUUGACAUACUAAUGACACACGGACCUCCCCUUGGUUUUCGAGACUGGGUUCCAAAAGAGCUGCAGAGAGUCGGUUGUGUGGAACUGCUAAACACAGUGCAGAGGCGAGUAAGGCCCAAACUCCAUGUCUUUGGUGGGAUCCAUGAAGGUUAUGGCAUUAUGACAGACGGUUACACAACAUACAUCAAUGCUUCAACGUGUACAGUCAGCUUUCAACCAACCAAUCCUCCAAUUAUAUUUGACCUUCCAACCCCUCAAGGAUCAUGAAGCACUGCUGCACGUUUGGAACUGAGGAAGGUCUAUAAACUGCCAUUUUCUAAUUACAAUACUUGCAUUCUGUUACAUGUUUAUUUCAAAAGGUUUGUGGGGGGUAUUUUGGGAGGGAAAACUGUGGGGUUUUUGUUUCAGGGUGGGUUUUUUGUUGUUUUUUUUUUAAGUCAAUUGCUGGUGCAACGAAACAAGGUGAUAAAGUUAGAAGUUGUGCUUUUUUGAAAUGCAGCAUUCAUUUUAAAUUGAAAGAAAGAAAAGCAUUGUGAAUUUGUAAAAUUAAGUUUGUUUUUCAAUAAACUGCCAUUGUAAAUUGUCAUAGUGUUCUCAAAAGGACAGCCAAGCUUUCUUUUAAGAAGUGAGAGACCUUAUUUUAGUAUUAUAUGUUAAGCUAAAAAAAUAAAAAUAAAAAAAAAUAGGCAGCAUUUAAAAACACCCAAAUUUGCACAACUUUUGUUACUGUCGGGUUUUUAUUUUAAGUGUCUUCUUUUCCCUAUGGUCUAAAUGUUAGCUUGUCAUCUCUUCAUUUAUAUUCUUUUUUUUUCCUUUCCUUUUUUUACUUAUAGCAUAGGCAAGACUUUGGGGUCCAUUUGCCUCUUGACAUGUGUGCGUGUACUGAAACUUGUUUCUGUUCACAGUAAAAUGCAGCAAGGGGAGAAUAGACUUCUCAGUUGUUUGUUUGUCACUACCUGCUUUGUACGUUAAAGAACGGUAUGGAUAGCCACGGUCUGUAUGUGAUAUCUGCCUUUUAUUGUUUGUGUUUAAAUUAUUUUAGCUUUAAAAAACUGGGAAUGAAAGCUGCAAAGAGCAGGCGUUUCAUGCAGUAAAAAAACAAAAUAAUGUAAAUGCGGACUCCUUUUAAAUAUGAAUUUAUAUAUAUAUGUAUUUUUUGUGCAUUAUAACUAAGCUAGGAUUUAAUAUUGCCAGUAUAGCAUCUGCAAAUUUAUGCUGUACAGCACAUCUAAAUUAUGAAGGAUGUGACACAUUUUCCAAGUGCUCAAGGCCUUCCAUAGCCUGAGUUCAAUCUUUGUCGUAGUUCAGGCAUGUAUAGAGUCAAACGGAUACAAUCAAGCCUAACUAAAAUAAGGCUUAGUUGUCCUUUAUAUUUAAAUAUUCUUCUCGUCUUUUUAUUUCCUUUUUCUUAUUUUGCACUGUGUGUAAAUGCAAUCUUGCUAGCACAAAAUACUGUUGCAGAUAGUUAUUUCUGUUCUACCACUGUAAAUGCUAUUGAGCUUUGUUCUGUUUUAUGUUAACUUGUUAAUGGAAUUUAGAAAGCAGUUGUUUCUUUAAAUUUAUUGUGAUAUAUCUAGCAGCCUUUAUAUGCAAAUAAAAUUGCAAGAUUUUUAAAUA